AUGGAGCUCUCAAAUCAGCUUCUGCAGAAUGGCACAGAUGUCAAUGAAUUUAUACUCUUGGGACUGUCCAGCAACCCCAAAGCCCAACUGAUCCUCUUUGGUCUCUUUCUCCUUAUCUACUUGGUGGCCUUGAUUGGAAACACCAUUAUUCUUCUUGCUGUCUGCUUGAACAAGAGACUCCACAACCCUAUGUAUUUCUUCUUGGGCAAUCUCUCUGUGGUAGACAUUGGGUACACCUCUUCUACUGUUCCCAAAAUGCUGAUGAAUUACCUCUCUCUGAACAAGACUAUCUCCUUAGCUGGUUGCUUCUUCCAGAUGUUCUUCUUCAUGUCCUUUGGCACUAUUGAAUGCCUUAUGCUGGGUGUCAUGGCGUAUGACCGAUAUGCUGCCAUUUGCCAUCCCCUGCAUUACAGUGUACUCAUGAGACCAAGAGUCUGUGCCUUUUUAGCAGCCACUGCUUGGGCUAUGGGUUUGGCUAAUUCAGGUGUGCAUACUGGAAUGAUGACCCGUUUGUCCUUCUGCUUGAACAAUAUCAUCCAUAAUUUCUUCUGUGACCUUCCACCUCUCUUCCAGCUUUCUUGCACGGAUACUCAGCUCAAUAAAGUUGUUAUGUUUAUUGUUGGAGGAGGUAUGAACAUUAGUUCUUUUGUGGUUAUCCUGGUGUCUUAUACCUUCAUAGUUUUGGCCAUCUUUAGGAUCCACACAAAGGAUGGGCGUCACAAGGCCUUUAACACUUGUGCCUCUCACCUGAUUGUAGUCAAUAUAUAUUUUGGCAGUGGUAUGUUUACGUAUCUUUUGUCUAGUUCAUCUUACUCCCAGGAAAAGGAUCGAGUCUUGCCUAUUCUAUAUGGGAUCAUUACACCAAUGCUUAAUCCAAUCAUAUACAGCUUGAGGAACAAGGAUGUGAAAGGUACACUGAAGAGGUUGGUCACCCACCAGACAGCUGAAGCAAGCCAUGGGGUUUGA